AUGGCGGAUUCCGCUCUGAACUUGGACAUCUCCCAGACAGACGUCACGUCUGCCUCGGACAUGUCCUUGCUUCUGGACUCGGGCAUGGGCACUUCUGUUUCGUCUUCCUCCGCCUUGGUGUCUCCCACUCAUCCUGUUUCUGUUUUGGGCUCUAUUGCGGCCCCAUCUACUGGGACCGUCUCUUCUGAGACUGUCGCCAUAAACCCUGUCUCCCUCCCCUUGACUGAGACUCAAGCUCAUCGGCCUCUUCUUUCAAUCCCUGUCUUCGGUCUUCCCACUCCUUGCAGCUCUGCUUUGGGCAAAGUCCAGCCCGCAGUCGCCUUCUCUGAGGCACCUCUAGAUGGGCCUUUUCCGUGGUCUGCUCGUGGCCCGAGCCGUUUUGGCAGUUUGAGGCAUGAUGCGAGUGCAAUUGCAAGUUCUGUUGUUGAGAGUAUUGAGCAUCAGGGCAUGGCCCAUGAAGCCCCGCAGCUGAUACAGUGUGACGGCCCAGCAGAUGAUGGUCCUGGUACGAUGGACACACCUUCUGUCGGUCAACCAUGUGCUGAGAAUUUCGUCGGUCAGGAACGACAGGACCAGCAACAGCAUUCCCCCGCUCACUCCAUGCAGCCUCUGAACUCGUUCCCAGUGUCCAGAGAGACACUCACUUCCGUGCCACUGCCAGGCAUAGAUCUGUUGCGUGAUCUUUCCAUGGUUGAUAACCAGGGAAACAAGGUGUCUAUGGCCUCGACGCAGGCUCAGAUAUCCCAAGUUCAUUCUCUACGGGUUGAAAUCCAGGAAGCCGAGGCUCAAAAAAUCCAGUCACACUUGCAACGAUUUCAUCGUGGAUUUCAGCGAGGAUUUCAGCGGUCAUACAGCCAGCAGCCUGUGGUGACUCUUCCUGAGGACUUUGAGCUGGCCGUUGCCAGGAUUUUUACGUCUGCUGGUCAACACCAACAACCUGCACUGGCCACAAUUCCGGAGGUCCCAUCGCUCUUUCAGCGGGUGCUGACUGGGCUGAAUGCUCAUGGGGCAUCUCAGGAUGAAAGCCAGAUUCUCCCUCGCCCGGGCCAGCAGGAGCCCGGCUCAACCAUCGGCCGUGAUUACGCCUUGACUGAAAGUGAAGGGUACCUUGAUUCAGGCCAGCAACAGCAGUUUGGCCUUGGUCUUAAUGGCAGCUUCCCUUGGAUCGACGAUCGCGUGAACCAGCAGGGUUCAGGUCAGCCUGCCAUGAACCAGCAGCCUCCAUUUGAUACCAACUCUGCCGGUGGCCCUGCUUUGACUAGUGGCCAUGAUACAGAGUUUGGUCCUCAGAACUCUCUGUCACAAAAUUCUGACCUGGGUCUUUCUGCUGUUGUUUCUACUGACCUUUCUGCUAAGCUUUCUAAUGAUAUGUCUACUGGCCUUUCUUCUGGUCGUCCGUUGAUCUCGCCUCAAGACCAAGGGCGUCGAAUUCUUCCUCCGAAUCCAGUCGUCCAUUUGCCGAGUUAUUGCAGCCCUACUCUGACCAAGGGAUGGCCUGUGGUUGUCUUUCCUCCUCCUCCUGCUAUGUCUUCCUCUACUUCCGGUGCUUUAAACAUGGAUGAUCCGGUUCCUUCGAGCCCUGAGGACUGCAAGUGGCGCCACAAUGACCAACAGGAAUACAACAUGGCGUCGGGAGACUGGGAUCGCAAGCCAACCCAAGGCUUUUUGGGCGCCGGGACAUCGAUCGAUUCCGGUGCUCCAAGCGUAGCCCGUGACUCGGGGGUUGAGCAGGUUGCUUCAGGCGACCCUUUGGCUCGUUUAGGACGACGUGCCAUCCUAGACAUUACCAGCAGCUCCCUGAACAGGUACCCUAAGGAUUCGGAGUGCCCUCCUGAUCAAACUCUGGGGUCAAUAGUUGUGAGCAGCUUGAUGGACAACCAGGUGUUAUUCGUCUUCAACAUGUUUGACCUUAUGGCCAAUCUGCGGCCCCGAUAUGAAUACAAGUACGGUGGCAAAAAUGGAAAGAAGAUUGGCGUCAGAUUGACUUUGUGGGGGCACACCGUCCUGAUUGCCCCGAUGUCUGGGUCAAUCCAUGAAGCCAGGGUCAGUGCUUGUCGCGAAGCCCUUGAACAGUUGCGUGGAUUCAACAUGCUGUGGCAGCUCCCGCCUCAGCCAAUGGAUGGGCCCACAAGCCCUUCCUGGAACUGGGUUGAAGUGCUUGAAGCCUACCGCAUGGUGCAGAAGUGGCCGGAACCCCGAUAUCUGCCGAUCAGCGACGGCCGCACAUGGCACUGUGAUGUUCAGGUGGGCAAAAGGCUUUACCGCACCAUGAAGCCAGUCCCAACGCUUGAUGAGGCUCAAAACACGGUUGCUCAUCUGGCAAUGCAUCAGAUGAUGGUUGACAGAGGUUAUGAUGAUGAUUUUUCCAUCCUGCCGGCCGAUAAAUCGGUGACGGUGAGCGUACCGACCCAAAAGCAGAUAGCCACGCCUCUGCAUUCGAAGGGUGCCGAUGCACUAAAGAAUACAGGCACCACUGUUCAAUAUGCGGGUGUAACGAAGUCUACUGUCUUGCCCAAGUUCAGACGAUCCAGAGGCAGGGGUUGUCGGUCUGGCUCUCAGUCUCAGAAUAAUGCUCAACAUAAUACCCAGGUUCGUUCAAAUGUACCUAGAGCGGACAAGGCAAAGAACGGAAAUUGCUCCGCUCUGAUCCCGGCCAAAGCCAACUCAAACAUGAUCCCUGUGACUAACAGUCGAUAUGUACCUAUCAAGGUACAAGAAGAGCCCGCCAAUGAUCCCUUGGCAACCCUGCGAUCAAUUGCGAAGGCUCUCGGCGAAUUGGACAAAGAAGCUUCCUUCACGAGCGUCGUGAGAAUGAUUUGUGACGCUUUGCAUGCCAACGCACCCAUUAUGGUGGUCAACAUGGUCCCAAAGAAGUUAAACAAGCUUGCCAACUCCUACGCAGUAGUCGCCUGUAUUCAUGGUGCCAACCCAUACUUGAACCGGGCUAGCCCAAUUCACCUGGCCUACGUUGUGAGCAAGGAUAAAGAGGCUGCCAAGGCUAUUGGGGUCAAGAAGCUGAUUUUGUACAUCCUGAAGAUGGCAAAAGAAGACGCUGGUAUCGAAGACGCUGAAUAUCCGAACGGAAUGGGUGUCCUGCAAGCGCUGGAGGAUGAGUGCGAGCAGUCACUGAACGCCUACAAGACCCAGGGCGAGUUCUUCCUCCUUUGA